AUGGCUACAAAGGAACGCCUGGUAGUAAUUGGAAACGGAAUGGCCGGAGCCAGGUUCGUCGAAGAGACUGUGGCCCGGGGCGGCUCUGACUUGUACGACAUUGUGAUGUUCGGCGAGGAGCCCCGCGGAAACUAUAACCGCAUCCUCCUGUCCAGCGUUCUGGCGGGCUACCACCAGCCCGAAGACACCAUUAUCAACGGCCUGUCCUGGUACGAGGAGAAGGGGGUAAAGCUGUAUUCCGGGGUCAAGGCGGGCUGGAUUGACCGGAUGGGGCAGGCAGUCUACGCCGCCGGGGGCAUUUCUGAGCCCUACGACAAGCUGGUUAUUGCCACGGGCAGCACUCCCUAUAUACCGCCGAUAGACAACAUGUAUGACGAAGACGGAUUUCUGCGGCCCGGGGUCUUCUCUUUCAGAACCCUGGAAGACUGCCAGGCGAUGAUCGGUCACGCGGGUUCGGCUAGCAAGGCAGUGGUGGUUGGCGGGGGUCUUCUUGGCCUUGAAGCGGCCAAGGGCCUGCUGGAGCGGGGACUGGAAGUACACGUGGCACACCUUGGCGACUACCUGAUGAACAGUCAACUGGAUGCCCAGGCCGGCGCCAUGCUCAAGCAGUCCCUGGAGAACCUGGGCUUGCAAAUCCACCUGGAAAAGCUGACCCAGCCCAUCACACCGCCCUUCCCGGGGGAUCCCGUUGGCGGCCUGCGGUUCAAGGAUGGCGAGGAACUGGAGUGCGACAUGAUUGUCGUCGCAGCGGGCGUCCGUCCCAACAUCGACCUGGCCAAGCAGGCGGGUCUCCACGUACAGCACGGCAUUGUCAUCCAGGACGACCUCUCCUGCCGCAACGACCGCAACGUCUACGCCAUCGGCGAAUGCUCGCAGCACCGGGGCAAGCUGUUCGGGUUGGUGGCUCCCCUGUGGGAGCAGGCCCGCAUCCUGGCGGAGCAGCUUACCGGCGAGAAUCCGGAGGCCUCCUUCCGGGGCGUCCGGGUCUCCACCAAGCUCAAGAUCAUGGGUGUGGACCUGGCGGUCAUGGGGGACAAGGACCCGCAAAUGGAUGACGAUGAGCAGGUCCACUACAGCGAGCCGGCGCGGGGCGUGUACAAGAAACUGAUCGUCCGCAACGGUCGCCUGGCCGGGGCGAUUCUCCUGGGCGACGGCCUGACCUCGCCCAACGUAUUGCAGGCCUUUGACCGGGGGGAACUGCUGCCGGACAACCGGGCCAGCCUGCUGUUCCCGGGUACGGGCGGCGUGCCCCAGAUAGAUGUGUCCGAACUGGCAGCCAGCGCCCAGAUCUGCAACUGCAACGGGGUGACCAAGGGCAAGCUGGUCCAGGCUUGCCAGGAGGGAAGCGACACCCUGGCAGCCGUCUGCGCGGCGACCCGCGCGGGUACCGGCUGCGGGGCAUGCAAACCCCAGAUUCAUGCGGUCCUCAAAUUUGCCAUGCAACAGGCCAUGCCCGAGCCAGCAGCAAGGGAAAGCAGGAGACGCAGCAUGAACAAGAUUGAGGUCUACAAGGAAGAGAAGAACGGUCUGGACGUAAAGGCCGACCUGCCCCGCUACGCGGUCGACGGUUGGGAGACCAUCACCGACGGCGACAAGGAGCGGCUCAAGUGGCUGGGCGUCUUCUUCCGGCGACAGACCCCCGGCCAUUUCAUGAUGCGGCUGCGCAUACCCAACGGCAUCAGCAACUCGGCCCAGUUUCGCGCCAUUGCAAGCAUCAGCAGCGAUUUCGGCAAGGACUUCACUGACAUUACCACCCGCCAGCAAAUACAGCUGAGGUGGUUUGAAAUCGACCAGGUGCAGGACAUUUGGGACCGGCUGGAGCCGGUGGGAAUUGUCUCCAUUCAGACGGGCAUGGACAACAUUCGGGGAAUAGUGGGCUGCCCGGUGGCAGGACUAACGCCCAACGAACUGUUUGACGCCUCGCCGGUGGUUCGCGAAUACAACGAAAUAUUCGUGGGUAACCGGGAGUUUACCAACCUGCCACGCAAGUUCAAUGUGACCAUAACCGGCUGCCUGGACAACUGCACCCACGCCGUAACCCAGGAUAUUGCCCUGACGCCAGCCGUCAAGAGCAUUGCCGGCGAGGAGGUCAAGGGGUUCAACGUAACCGUCGGCGGCAAGCAGGGUUCGGGCGGCUUCCGGCCGGCCUCGGACCUGGACGUUUUCGUUCUGCCCCGGGAUGCGGCCCAGCUUUGCAGUGAAAUUACCCUGCUGUUCAGCGACAACGGCCUACGGGAGGCCCGGAACAAGUCCCGUCUGGCCUUCCUGAUUGAAGAAUGGGGCGUUGACCGGUUCCGUCAGGAGUUGGAGCAGCGGGUUGGCCACCCCCUGUUGACGUCGGGAUCUCCGGUGGGAAGUGAGGCCAAGUCGGACCACAUCGGAAUUCAUCCUCAAAAAGAGGCGGGAUUGAACUAUGCCGGGCUGGUGGUACCGGUGGGCCGGAUAACAGCCGGACAGAUGCUGGAAGUAGCCCGUCUCGCUGACAACUACGGCAACGGCGAAGUCCGGAUUACCGCUGAGCAAAACCUGAUCAUUCCCAACGUGCCCGAUUCCCUGGUGCCUGCUUUGGAAGAGGAACCGCUGUUGCAGGAGUUCCGCGCCGAUCCCUCGCCGGUAAUGCGGGGCCUGGUGAGCUGCACCGGCAUUGAUUAUUGCCACUUCGCCCUGGUGGAUACCAAGGGCCUGGCCCUGAAAACGUCCCGUUACCUGGAAGAGAAGGUCGACAGUGACCUGCCCGCCUUGUCCAUUAACUGGUCGGGGUGCCCCAACGCCUGCGGCAAUCACACGGUGGCCGAUGUUGGUUUGCUGGGCAAGAAGGCCAGGGUGGACGGAAAUGUUGUGGAUGCUGUGGACGUUUUCCUGGGAGGGAAGGUAGCUGAGGCCCUGGGCGUGGUUACCGACGGAGAAUCGUCAGUCAAGACGCUGGAAAACGUGCCCUGCGAUGAAUUGCCCGAAACCCUGGCGAAGGUACUGGAAAGUCUCAAAGCUGCUCCGGUCGCGUUGACCGUUUAG